ACCAACACUGGAGCAGGUACAGAUACAUUCAGGAGCCAGUGCAUACCCAGUACUUGCCAACAGUGCGUAACACAGUCGUGACCGCCCACCCAAGUGGCGAACGAGCCGAUUAGUGGCGAAGAGGAUAAAAAGACAACAAGAUGGGACCAACAACGAGGCUGGGUAUGGUGGUGGUAAUGGUGCUGGCUCUACUGCAGGGCACACAAGCUGCCCCAGGUUACCUACAGUCUCCAGGAAAUGACGAAUUUACAACGAUAAUUAAUGAGAUUUUAACAUUCAUCCUGAAUUCCGUUGACGACCCCUUGAACUUGAAGGAUCCCCUGAACCUCCGAAUCGAUGCACCCUACAUGGCCGACGUUACACUGUACAUGGAGAAGACAACACUGGCAGGCGUGAAGAGCUUUACUGCCCAUGACUGUACUUACGACGAUGCAGGAAACGACAAGAAAAGCGUUGUGCUCAAGUUCCAGUCGCCGCAGCUCAAGAUUAAGACUCCGGCCUACGUCAUCAACGGCACCGUCGUCGACCACAUCGACUUACACGGCAAAGGACCUGCAUCGUUUAUUAUCGAUGACUUUGAUCUCAGUGUGGCAGUAAAAGGUAUCAUCAACAUCUCAGGAAAAGUUAUCACUAUGGUGGUGGACAGCGCGAUCAUUGACUUGGAGAUGAGGCGCUGGACAGUAGACUUCGAGGGGCUGAUGCCAGAGAGUGACCUGGGUGAGGUGUUUAACGAGUUCUUCAGCGAGCAUGGACCAGAGUUGUUCGAUAUACUGGAGGACAAGAUCAAUAAGAGCGGCAAACUGGUCGAAUUCCUUAACAGCCUCUUUCCCCCCAAGACGAGCGCUGCAACCCUCCACAGUGACGUCGAACCCUAAGAAAUCGACGUGAGAUCUCCAACCACGGUCACAUGAGCUUAGGGCCCAAUGUCCCUAGGCCACGUCACAGGGACCCGAUUUCUAAAAAAUUUGGACAUGAAUUUUUUAUACUAGUAAAUGGGGAUCAGAGAGAGAGAAACAAAACAUGAAUUAUUUGAGUCUUAAUACAGUUAUAACACCAUUUAAGUGAGUCUUGGAAAGAGCCAUUUAGAUGUGUUUUUACACCCCAACUACGCUGGAGGUUUACGAAUCAGUGAGUGUUCGGGUCCACAUCACCCGUGGUUAUGGCAAUAAUAAUGUGUGUGUUUGAUAACAAUAUACUCCUGGUUCUGACAUCUUAUGACGAAACAUAGAGAGUAUAUAGGAAGAGAAAAACGUGUUCAAAGAAAAUGUAUAAAGUUUCGAUAUCAAUAAAGAGAUAUCCCAGCAGCUAUCAAACAGGGAGGUACUACCACCUGGGAAGAUAUUUGGAAGAA